ACUAGCAAAAAACGGGGAAAGGAAGCAACCAUAAGGUGAGCAAGUGAAACCCUCUAUACCAAAGUCCAAGCAGGAAGAAUAUAUAGCAGCAGAGGUUCUGCUCCGAGCUACAGAGCCAUGGCUGCCCCUGCAAAAACCAACAGGCUCUCUUCAGCCAUGGAGAGAACCGGCAAAUGGAUUUUCUCCCAAGAGAUCCCAAGCGAUGUGGUUGUCCGAGUUGGGGAGGCCAAUUUCUGUUUGCAUAAGUUCAUUCUGGUAGCUAAGAGCGGGCUCAUAAGGAAUCUGAUAAUGGACACAUCGAAGGCCGAUCUCUCCAGAAUCGAGCUGCCGGACGUUCCCGGCGGCCCCGAGAUCUUCGAGAAGGCAGCCAAGUUCUGCUACGGCGAGAACUUCGAGAUCACGGUGAGGAACGUGGCUGCACUGCGCUGCGCCGCCGAGCACUUGGACAUGUCUGAAAAAUUUGCCGACGGCAACCUCAUCUCCAGAACGGAGGAGUUUUUGAUGCAUGCUGCACUCACCACCUUCUCCGGCGCCAUCGCCGUGCUUAGAAGCUGUGAGGACCUUAUGCCCAUGGCCGAAACGCUCAAAAUUGUACAGAGGUGUUUGGAAGUUGCAAGUUUGAAGGCCUAUAACGAAUCUAAUUUCCAAACCCGUUCGCCGAUGGGUUGGUGGAUGGACGAGCUCGCCGUCCUGGGAGCCGAUUUUUACAAGCGCUUUAUGAUGUCCCUGAAGGCUCGCGGCGCGAAGCCUCAGACUCUCGCCACCGUCGCGAUGACAUACGCCGAGCGCAACCUCCGCGACCUCGUCGUCGGCGUCGUGGCGGCCGCGCGCGGCGACGAUCCGGACCGACGGAGGCGCCAACGCGAGGCGCUCGACAGCGUGGUGGCGACGAUGCCGCCGGAGAAGACGGCGUUCCCGGCGACGUUCCUCUGCUGCCUGCUGCGGGCGGCGUCGUUCCUCGAGAGCCCGGCGGCCACGCGGGGGGAACUGGAGAAGCGGGUGGCGGCGGUGCUGGAGCACGUCGGGCUGGACGACCUGCUGGCGGUGGCGAUGGGGUACGAUGGGGAGAGGGUGGUGGAGUACGAGACGGUGAAGCGGGUGGUGGCGACCUUCGCGGAGAGGGAGCGGAGGGAGAGCGUGGACGAGCUGCGAGGGUCCGCAUCGCCGGCGAUGCAGAGGGUGGCGAAGACAGUGGACGCCUACCUCGCGGAGAUCGCUACUGACGCCGGGCUGAGCAUCUCCAAAUUCACCGGCAUGGCCAUCCUCGUCCCCAAGUCCGCCCGCCCCUACGACGACGACCUCUACCGAGCCGUCGACAUUUACCUGAAGGCGCAUCCGGGGCUGGAUGAGAUAGAGAGGGAGAAAGUGUGCAGCGUGAUGGACCCACUGAACCUGUCCUACGACGCGAGGGUGCACGCGUCCCAGAACAAGCGUCUGCCGGUGCAGAUAGUGCUGCAUGCUCUGUACUAUGACCAGCUGAAGCUGCGGUGCGAGGACCCGAAAAUGGACGACGCGGCGAUGGUGAGGAAGCAGGUGAACGCGGACGUGUCGCUGAUGAAGGAGAACGAGGCGCUGCGGGAGGAGCUGUCGAGGAUGAAGGCCAUCGUCUCGGGGAUACAGCAUAGCAAGGGCGGUGGGUCGUCAUCGGCAAAGUCAUCGAAGAAGCCAACCUUCUUGUCCUCCAUGUCCAAGACGCUGGGCAAGCUCAACCCCUUCAGGCACGGCUCCAAGGACACCUCCCACAUCGAGAGCGCCACCUGCGGCAGUCUCGACGUCGCCGCCAAGCCCAGGAAGAGGAGGUUCUCCAUCUCUUGACUGCUCUCUCUCUCUCUCUUGUAAUAUGAUUUGGUGCUCCCUUUUUUUCUGUUUUUUUACUUGGUAAGGUGGUUUUGUACAACAAAGAUGUUAGAUGGAAUAAUAAAGUAGUGCGUCCGUCCCUUUGCUUUGGAUUGUAAAACUCUUAUCUCUUUCUUUCGGUCAGGUUUUUAAUUCUUUGCCCACUAAGACUUUUGCCAACUAAAAGAAAGAGUGUAGAGUGGUUGGGAUGAUACUUUAAUUAUAUUUUGAUUUGCAGUACUUA